AUGUCUUUGACUGCCGAUCCACCAGCAUGCACCGUCCCAGCGGCCGGAGGAACCUCGACCCACAAAUUGGUCAAUGGAGGAGCCGACAAACUCAUCUUCAAGAUCAAGUCGUCAAACAACAAUGAGUACCGUAUCACCCCAGUGUUCGGAUUCAUCGAUCCAUCUGGAACCAAGGACGUUACCAUCACUCGCACUGCUGGAGCACCAAAGGAGGACAAGCUCGUCAUCCACUUCGCCAACGCCCCAGCUGAUGCGACUGACGCUCAGGCUGCUUUCGCUGCCGUCACUCCAGCUGGAACUGUGACCAUCCCAAUGUCGGCUACAUCUUAA